GGAAGUGACGACAGGAGACCGCCGUAUUCAAAACUGGCUGAACGCGGUGUCAGAGGAGAAACAGCGCCGUUGUGAUUCUAUUGGCAUGUCCUUUGUCAAACUUCUUAACAAACCAAGUGAGGAAACAUACCUGAAAUGGCAUCUAAGAAUAUUGUUUCCAAAUUGGGUCUAAAGUUGGGUAACUCCAAAUCAGAGCAAGAUCUUGAAAAGCUCAGGAGUGAAAAUGCUACCCUAAAGAAAACUCUGGAUGACCUUACACAAGGCAAAAGCAACUUAAAUAAUUUGGAACGAAAACAACUCUUAGAGAAAAUUUACAGUCUUGAGAAAUUAAAUGAGAAAAAUAUUCAGCAACUUGCUUCUAAGGAAAAGGAAAUAUUAACAUUUAGGCAACAACUUAAACAACAAAGUAGUGAUGAAGUAACCAGGUUACGGGUCCAGAUAGAGGAAAAUAAAAGAGAAUUAGAAAGAAGAGAGCAGUUGUAUCUGGCCCUUAAGGAAGAAAAUGAAAAUCAGAAAAAAAAAUGUCAGAAUCUUGGUCAGAAAAAUGCAAAACAAGAAUUCUCUUCUCAGAAUGACCAAAAUGGAAUUAAUCCUACACCAUGUGAAAUUACUGUCAUUCAAGAGCAGCUAAAAGAUGCACUUGAAAAGAACCAGCAGUGGUUGGUUUAUGAUCAGCAGCGUGAGGCCUAUGUUAAGGGUUUGUUGGCAAGGAUCUGUGAAUUGGAGAAGCAGUUAAGUCCAGCCAGUCUCACUGUUCAACUACAGAAUAAAGAAGCCAAUUCAGAAGAAAAGACUGCUGUUGAAAACCAUGGUGAAGCUUUAUCAGUUGCCAGAAAAGAGAUAUUGGUACAGAAUGAGGCCAUUAUGAAACUGCAAAUGGAAAUAUCUGAAUUAAGAAAAAGAUAUGAUGAAAAAUGUGAAGACAUAAAGAGUCUAAACCAUAAAAUACAGGCAGAAAUGGCAAAUAAUAAACUUUAUGCUGAUGAGAAGAAGCGUUUGAUUGAUAAGGCACAUAAGCUGAAAAAUGAGCUAGCAAAUGUCAAAGAUAACUAUGAGGAAGAGCGGAAAAAGUCGUUGGACCUUUCAUUACAGGUUAGCCUUCUCCAGAAAUCACUGUUAUGCCAGCAGGAGGAGCAAAAGAGGAUUGCUGCCUUAGAGCAACAGAUCCAGAUAUCAUCCAAAGACUUUGAAACUGAAAAACUUGAUCGACAUAGUCUACAGCAGCAACUGCACACAGUUGUGCAGGAGUUACGUAAAGCAAGAGAACAAAUAACAAGAUUGGAAACCAUGAAACAGUUGAAAGAAUGUCGCCUUUCUGAACCAAGCUCUUACACAAGACAGGCAUAUGACCGACAAGACCAAGCUUUUUCCCGUGUUUCGUCUACCAAGAUCUCCAGUGUUCUUGAUGAAAGCUUCCUAGAAUGUCCCAGAUGUAAAGUACAGUAUCCAACUAGUCAGCAUCGUGAAUUAUUGCAGCACAUUGAUUUUUGCUCAGAGUGGAAUUAGUGAAGACGCUGAAUAUUGCAGACGUGUUAUAUUUUCUAAUAGAUUGUUUGUACCAAUUUGCUUUACUACUGUUUUCCUUUUUGCACUCCUGUAAAGCUUAAUAUAGGUUUUUUCAAUACUUCAGCAUAUUUUAAUUUUUUUUUUCAGUUUUGUUUU